CAGUGGUCUGACCGGGUAGGUCGGGUGAGCUCAGCAAGGCGAGUAAAUUUUCAGACAAAAAGUGAGGUCACCCGAGUACGUACGUGUAAGUUUUCCGACUCAAAACAGCACAACUAUGAGCGAGCAAAAGAAAGAACAGCCUGACUUGAAACAGUUCUCACAGGAGGAGGUGGAGAAGCAUGUUACCGGCACUUCUUCAUGGCUCGUGAUUCACGACAAAGUCUACGAUGUGACCAAGUUCUUAGAGGAGCACCCAGGUGGAGAGGAGGUUUUAUUGGAACAGUCAGGUAAAGAUGGAACAGAAGCUUUUGAAGAUGUGGGUCACUCGGAGGAUGCCCGUGAUCUGAUGCAGAACUACCUGAUUGGCGAGCUUCGGGAUGAGGACAAAGCAGCAAACAAGUAUCCAGAAAAACGAGACAUGUGGAAGUCGUCCGGUAAUGGUGGCACUUCCUGGGGCAGUUACCUUCUCCCUGCUGUCAUCGCCAUUGUGGUGGCUAUAGCCUACCGUGUCUGGGCUGCCAGCUCCAGCUAAAACCCGCCACAUCAACACACCAUGUUGUUAGGUCCAAACAUCUCCAUCCUAUCCAUCUACUCCAUCACACAAGUGUCUGACUUCUCCCCAGACAGUUUGUAGUAUAAGCAUUGUAAAACUCCAACAGCACUGGCUAGCUAUUGCCUCUUCAUAAUUGAAAGAUCUUUGUGAUAGCAAAAUGUCCGUACACUAUCCUGGAACAAGUUUGCACCUUGUAGAAGGUAAAAUCUAUACCUACAUAAAAGUACCAGAUCACUGGCCAAUGUUGUUAUCUGAAAGUAGGUUCCCGGUGGCAUAAGGUAGUAUCAAAGUUGGCGGUCCUCCACUGGCCAGCUAUACUCCUUGGCCAGCUUUGAUACUAUCUAAUGCUCUUAUGCCACUGGGAAUCUACUUGGAGAUUACAAUGUUGUACCAUUUGUGUUACCUUUACACCUACAUUCAGGAACUAGGCUUUAAUAUUGAUCAUAGAUUUCCCCUUGCUGUGUGCACUGCAGUCAGCUUAUGAGGAAAGGAGAAAGGCAUUGUUCCCAAAAUUGUCUAAUUGUAUGUACCUUUUUCAUAGUGGCUUGAGGAAGAAAUUUGGAUGAGCCAGUUAAUUUGCUUGACUAGCAACUGACUGGAAUCUAAACUGUACCUUGUAUCAGAGGACCACUCCCAUAUUUUCCUCUGUGGUUGCCCCUGCCCUCCCAUCUCCUCCUAACUAAUUUAGUAUAUCAUGGUAUUCUUGGUACACUACAUCAUGCCUAGAUUCUGCAACAUUGUUGUCAUAUGCUCAUUGCAAAAAAGCAGUCCCAGCAUUUAGUGUUAACACUCUCAACCUUAGUAACUUUGCUUUUGUGAUUUAUUGAGCAAAAUGCAUUUAUGGUAUUGCUAUAAUCUACAAAAUUUAAUGAAAAAGUAGUAAUUACUGUAGGAUAAUUUAUUCACUUCAUAGCAUAAUGAACAUACUAUUACUACUUCUGAUGUUGAUAAUAAUUCUAGGGGUUACAUUUAUGAUUAAUACAUAGCAAAUCAUAUGAAUCAAGGCCUUUGUCCGAUUUAGAGAAUAUGGCCCUGCUAUAUCAUGAGAUUAUGCUUCUUUUAACAUUUGUCACAGUAUAAUGUUGGUUAAAAGAUGUAUUCAAAUGGUCUAAUGUCCCAAAUGACAUGCACUCUUCGUAGGUGUGAGACUAUUGACCCUUUGUAGAGUAUUUAAUAGGAUGAUGCAAAUGUUCUGGGUUUGGAUAAAUUGUAAUGAUGAUUGUGAGUAGUUAGUCUUCUGCUAUCUUUACUCACUCUGUUAACACCUUUGUUGUAAUAAAAUCUUAAGAGUGACAAACAGAACUGA